CCAGCAGCAGCGAGGAGGGAAACGCUGCGAUCGCAGCGCAGCUCACAGAGGGAGGAAGUCAGAGCAGUAAUCUGCAGGUUCAGGCUGGCAGACGCACACAGGUGAGUCCAGCAGAACCCAGCUGACGGUGCACCAGUCCCUCAUCCUGCUCUGUCCUCUCUGGUUCUGAUAAAUCCAGUUCAGACUUCGUUUGGUGAGUCACUUUGAAGGAAUGGGUCCAGACUCGCCGUCCGUCCUCCCAGAGACGAUGAAUAACAGUAACUCCACCGAAUGUGAACCAGUUCACAAAUCGACCAACACCUUCUUCAUGGUGAUCUACAGUCUUAUUUUUCUGGUGGGUUUGAUCCUGAACGGAUUCACGCUGCGGGUUUAUUUCUGCGUGUCGCAGCGCCGGGCGUCCAGCAGUGUCACCGUCUUCCUGAAGAACCUGGCGGCCUCCGACUUCCUCAUCAGCCUCUGCCUCCCGCUGCGCAUCAUCAACUUCGCCACCAACUCCACCCUCAUCCGACAGGUCUACUGCAACUUCGGCGCCUCCGCGUUUUACCUCAACAUGUACGCCAGCAUCCUGUUCAUGGGCUACAUCGCCGCCAACAGGUACAUGAAGAUCGUCCAUCCUUUGGGAAAUCACUUCAUCCACAAGGCCCGAGCCGCUUACAUCAUCUCCAUCUUGACGUGGGGUUUCCUCCUGACGAUGACCAGCACCUACGUGAUCCUCUCCCUCCUCACCCAGAAGUCUCAGGAGAAUCUGCCCGGUAUGGUCAGCUGUGACGUCCUGCACAGCGUUCAGCUCAGACUCCUCUACAAGGUCAUCCACACCUGCUCCGCCGCCAUCUUCUUGGCCGUCCUCAUCAGCCUCAUCUGGUUCUACUACAGCACCUCCCGCAGGCUGGCGCAGGCGCAGAAGAAUCAGUCGAUUACCAGCAACUCCAAGAAGCUCGCUAAGUCCCGGCGGAACAUGCUGGUUCUGGUCACGGUCUUCUGCAUCUGCUUUGUCCCCUACCACCUGAUUCGCCUUCCCUACGCCUUCAUGAAGACGCUGGUCUGCUUCUGGAGUGGGUGGUUCUGGUACCUGAAGGAGCUGACCGUCCUGGUGUCGGUCCUCAACGUCUGCUUGGACCCUCUCAUCUACUUCAUCUUCUGCAAGGCGUUCCGGGCCCAGAUGAGCAUGAGAUCUUCAAGGAGCAUCAACAACACGGACAGUCCGACGCAGGUGGACACCACCGACAGGCGGAGCAGCGACGGAUGGAUGAACUCCCUCAGGAACCUCAGGAAGUUGUCAGUCGUCUCACUGACUAAGCAAACCAGCGUGGUGUAGACUUCACACGCUCCUGAACCGAUCUUUUACCAAUGUCAGAAAAUCCAGACUGGAAGUUCAAGGAAACCCUGUAAAUCCAUCUUAGAGUUAUUGAAGGAACCGAAUCACCAACAGAUCCUGAACCUGACACCAGUGGAGGGAAGUUGUUGAUCUUCACCUUUAAUAGUUUAACUUGAACAUCCUCUUCUGAACAGGAAGAACACAGAGAUUUUCUCAAACAGUUACAUAAGUUGUAUCAUAUAAUCUCAUAAGCAUCAAGGUCAACACAUUUUUGGGACUUUAUUCAGUUAUUUGACUGAAAUUGACAGUAGAGUCAUCCUGACUGUUUGGUUCACCUUCCUUGGUGUUGACCAAUGAUUUUCAAGGUUUUACAAACAUCUCCCAGAAUCUUUCUAAACCUUCGGCUUUUUCACUCGUGCUUCAGGUUCAAAUGAAGCGAGUCUGAAAGUCAGUCCAUUAGAGGUCCAUGUUUCCGUCACCGUUUCAUUUCUGCACAUUUUUAAGUAUCACAGCAGAAAAGGUGGUUGGACCAGCAAAAUCCAAAAUCCUCAGUUUCCCAACAUCAUUUUUCUGCUGGCUUGAUGUGGUUUUUGAGUUAAUGUGCUAGAAGGGAGAUGGAAACACAUUUUGCAGAAUAAGGUCUAAUUUUCCCAUCCACUGGUCUGGUGUGCCUUACCAGAAACACAAAACUCAGGAAUAUCUCAAAGUCCAAGCUUCCAGCUUGGAGGGGAAGACUUUUCACUAAUCUGAGAUGUGUGGUCCAUGUUAGCUAGCAACCCCUACUUCCUGUUUAUUACGGCCAUGCGUAGCGUCUGAUGAAAUCACACUCUGAUUAAUUCACUCCAAACCAGACGAUGGAGACGCUUAUUUCACAUUUUUCGUUUCUUUUUAGCAACAUUUUAAAAGUUUGCUUAAAAUUCACAUCACAACUGGAUGGAGCUACGGCACCGUUAGCACCUUUAGCAGCUCAGGUAGCAGCUGUGAGAAGGCCAAGGUGUGUCUUUAAAUGAAAUGAAACGAUGGGAUUCUCUCACUGACCGUCCCUGAUCAAAGGUUCUACGAUGUGAACACAGAGACCA